GCACAAAAACACCGAUUAUCUCCUGAAGCUGCCUAAAGAUCACUUCACUCACUUUCAUUGAAUCCCCCAACGCCCAGUCACGAAAUACCUGAUCUCCGGCUGACAUUCCGGACCUGCGCUAGUCAUCCAGUAAGCAGCAACUUAAUAACCGGAUCCGAUGAGAUAUCCCUUCCACGAAACUUUUCAAAAAUGUCUGUUGGAACAGGUUGAAAACUUGCGAUCUGAAAAUCCCGGUUUGGAUUGAUCACACAGGCUUGUACCCCUUCCGGACCGACCGGGGUGUUUGAAUGACUACCGGUAUGUUUCCCUUGUCAUCGUUCGGGCCAACAUGUGAAAGGGCAAACCCGCCUUCAUUCACGUGUGCCAACACACAGAGCCCGGCAACAGAUGUGUGUCAAGAAACAAAGCCCAGAACCAGAUGGAUCGAUCAACUGGGGAAGCCUUUCCAACUGCCUCAGGUUGAUAACGUCAAUCAGCCUUUCUUUUCUCCAUUCACACGAUGACGGAAAUGCGUUGCGCAGCCAACCAACCAACCAUUGUCCAUCCGAGGCUGUGCCGGUUUGCCUCAGCCCUAACGACCCGCUUGUUAGUUUGGGGUUUGACUGUUUCCGGUCCCUUGGGACACCAACGGUGCUCAGCCCUGUCCGUCUUGACGAACAACACCACUCACUAGUUCACCAACAUAGCCUAACGAGCCGCCUUGAUAACUGCCGCACGCGAAGUAGAAGAUCUAUCUGCCUGUCAUCGUAUUUCGCGAACGGUCAAAGGAGGAGACAAGACAACACGCCAAUCAAGCCAACAGCCUCUUUCAGACCUUUCACCAUUCCGGAUGUCAUACGUUGUACAGUUCCAGGUUACGGGAAGUUUUACAGACAUCAUCAUGACCAACUCAACCUCACGAGGCUCUCACGACCAGCGUGGAAACACCAGAGCAAACUCUACUCUGAUCGUCAGUUCACGGCCCCAACCGGCAGUCAAAACCAAAGACACAAUCAUCAAGUAAGUAAGGUUGAUGUAAGCUCGUUAUAUAUGGUUUCGAUAACUUGGUACCCGCGCAUCGAAAUCAAACUCCGCGUAAGUCCAAACCAAGCUAUCCUAGUUCUAGUCUAUACACAGGAAGGAGAUGGUAACGACGAGAACAUGUCGUUGUCCUCUGGCCAAGUGAAGAAAAGAUGCACGUAACCCCCCAGACAAUGCAUCAAGAUAGGAAAGAGAAAAAAUGGUAUAUCGCAAAUGCAAACGAAAAGCACACAGAGAAGACUUUGGCCGGUCGGAAAGA